GUUUGUCGAGUUGUAGACUCUCAGCAUCUCCUAGACCGACUGCACCCGGACCUGCUUAAUUGUCUCUACAUUCGUAUCAUGCUUUGCUCCACCAAAAUCAGGUGCCUACAUUUUAUCCUCCCCAAAUUCAAAUUUAAACUCAAAUCAUUUACAUCUUCUUCGACCUCUACUUCUUACCAUCAUCAUCAUCAUCAACAAUGGUCAGGCCUGCAGCUAUGGAGAGAAAGCCCAGUAAACCCGAACCGGGGCUGGGGCCCACAAGGCCCAGAACUUCCAUUGAAGCGUGACGAAGUCCAAAUUCCAAGUGGGCCUGGUUCAUCUUUAGCUGAACUUGGUGCUUUGGUCCUCUCCACCAGUGACCCCCUCGCAAAAUCCCAGCUUUCCCACUUUGCUUUUUCUAAAUGGAGCUCCGAGAAGCUGCCUAUUGGGCUUUUUGACCCGCCUUCUCGCCCCGCCCGCCCGAGUAAGCCCCAUCUGGUACCUCCUAAGGAUAUACCAUCUCCAAAGGACUCUGGGUUGCCUCUCAAUGCGUAUAUGCUUCAUAACCUAGCUCAUGUGGAGUUAAAUGCCAUUGAUUUGGCUUGGGAUACUGUUGUCCGCUUUUCUCCUUACCAGGAAAUUCUUGGAGAGGGAUUUUUCACUGAUUUUGCUCAUGUUGCUGAUGACGAGAGUCGACACUUUGCUUGGUGUUCUCAACGAUUAUCAGAACUUGGCUUCAGUUACGGAGAUAUGCCUGCUCAUAAUCUGCUCUGGAGGGAGUGCGAGAAGUCAUCUGGUGAUGUAGCUGCACGUUUGGCUGCAAUUCCACUUGUCCAGGAGGCCAGGGGACUCGAUGCAGGACCACGACUUGUGAAGAAGUUAAUUGGUUUUGGGGAUAAACGAACAUCUAGUAUAGUAGCUAGAAUCGCUGACGAAGAAGUUGCACAUGUUGCUGUUGGAGUGUACUGGUUCUUCUCAGUUUGUCAAAAGAUGGGACGAGUCCCUUGCUCCACUUUCAAAGACCUGUUGAAGGAAUAUGGUAUAGAAGUAAAAGGACCCUUCAAUUAUUCAGCUCGAGAUGAGGCUGGCCUGCCCCGCCAUUGGUAUGAUUCAUCAUCAACAGAUGAGCAGAGCAAAGAACAGCUAUCUGAGGUAUAUGAGAGGCUUGCGCAUAUUAUCACGAUGGAGAAUGAGAAUGCUAAUUCAAGCAGCCAUUCUGGAUGACUACUAAAUGCAAACUCCCAAACUGUACAAGAGAUGGUCCCUAUUUUUUUUAAAAAAAAAUUGAUAGGAAGAAUUCUUUUGGGCUGUUCUUCCACAUGCCUCCACCCAGAUGUCCAUUAUAAGCCAGACACCUCCAACCUCAUCCCCUUUUAAAUCUUAAGCAAAUGUUUUGGGGUAAAAAUUGAACCCUAAAUCUUGCUAGAAAAGAUGGAAAAGCUCACCACUUGAGCCAACCAUGGGGAAGUAUACUAAUUCUUCCAACCUUGUAAAAACAUUAUCACUUUCCUUUUCUGGGGUGGCAAAGUUUGGAGGGUUGGUGGAUGUAGGCGGCACAAGUGAACAAGUCGACGCCGGAAGUUUUCACAGCUAGAUAUCGUGAAGAAUUUUGUACUCAAGUGUAAAUUAUUGCCGGUCAUAUGGAACUUUCAUGCUCUGCUUCCUUGGACAUGACCUUUGAUGGUGUUUUUCUUUGCCAUUUUCUUUUUUAUAGGCACAUGGUGUACUGUGCACGUGCUGGGGUAAAGACUGCUCAUAGAAGCUAGUCUAUUAUGUUUUCAUCCAAUUUGAAAACGUGGAUACUACUCAUACUAGUUGUAUUACUUGUAUACGGAGUAAGUUCCAACCCAAACAUCAUCAGGAAACAUGGAUUGUCCGUUGUACUCCCUCCGUUCCAUAAUAUAGUGUCUAUCUCAUUUGGUGAUUCAAACAUUAAAAUUUUUGAACGGUCAAACUUUUAAAUCUUUGAUGAAUAUUUUCAUUUGUAUAUAUAUAAAAACAUAUUCAUGUGA